AGGUCUCCAGUAUCCUCUCUGACUCCUGAAUCUUCUGCUCCUUCCUCCUCAAGCAGGUUCACCUGUACUUGUCAAAAUGGCUCAACUCCUGAAUAGCAUACUCAGUGUGAUUGAGGUAUUCCACAAAUAUGCCAAAGGGAAUGGGGACUGUGCCUUACUAUGCAAGGAAGAGUUGAAACAACUGCUCUUGGCUGAGUUUGGAGACAUCCUCCAGAGACCAAAUGACCCAGAGACUGUGGAAACCAUCUUGAACCUCUUAGAUCAAGACCGAGAUGGACAUAUUGAUUUUCAUGAGUACCUCUUGUUGGUGUUCCAGUUGGUCCAAGCCUGCUAUCGUAAGCUAGACAAUAAGUCACAUGGAGGCAGGACCUCACAGCAAGAAAGGGGGCAGGAAGGAGCACAAGACCGUAAGUUCCCAGGAAACACAGGCAGACAACACAGACAGAGACAUGAGGAAGAAAGGCAGAACUCCCACCACAGUCAGCCUGAGAGACAAGACGGAGAUUCCCACCGUGGUCAGCCUGAGAGACAAGACAGAGAUUCCCACCAUGGUCAGUCUGACAAACAAGACAGAGAUUCCCACCAUGGUCAGCCUGAGAGACAAGACAGAGAUUCUCACCACAAUCAGUCUGAGAGACAAGACAAGGAUUUCAGCUUUGAUCAGUCGGAGAAACAAAGUCAAGACUCCAGCUCUGGUAAAAAAGUGAGUCACAAAUCUACCAGUGGCCAGGCUAAAUGGCAGGGACAUAUCUUUGCCUUAAAUCGGUGUGAAAAACCAAUUCAGGAUUCUCAUUACGGUCAGUCUGAAAGACUUACACAACAAUCUGAAACACUUGGACAAGCCUCUCACUUUAACCAGACAAAUCAACAGAAAUCAGGCUCUUAUUGUGGACAGUCUGAGAGGCUAGGUCAGGAAUUAGGCUGUGGUCAGACAGACAGACAAGGCCAGAGUUCCCACUACGGUCAGACGGACAGACAAGACCAGAGUUAUCAUUAUGAUCACACAGACAGACAAGGCCAGAGUUCCCACUACAGUCAGACGGACAGACAAGGCCAGAGUUCCCACUAUGGUCAAAUGGACAGAAAAGGCCAGUGUUAUCAUUACGAUCAGACAGACAGACAAGGCCAGGGUUCCCACUACAGUCAACCAAACAGACAAGGUCAGAGUUCCCACUAUGGUCAGCCAGACACACAAGGUCAGAGUUCUCACUAUGGUCAGACAGACAGACAAGACCAAAGUUCUCACUAUGGUCAGACAGAGAGACAAGGCCAGAGUUCCCACUACAGUCAGAUGGACAGACAAGGCCAGGGUUCCCACUAUGGUCAGACAGACAGACAAGGCCAGAGUUCCCACUACAGUCAGAUGGACAGACAAGGCCAGGGUUCCCACUACGGUCAGACAGACAGACAAGGCCAGAGUUCCCACUACAGUCAGAUGGACAGACAAGGCCAGGGUUCCCACUACGGUCAGACAGACAGACAAGGCCAGAGUUCCCACUAUGGUCAGCCAGACAGACAAGGCCAGAAUUCCCACUAUGGUCAGACAGACAGACAAGGCCAGAGUUCCCACUAUGGUCAGACAGACAGACAAGGCCAGAGAUCCCACUACAGUCAGCCAGACAGACAAGGCCAGAGUUCCCACUAUGGUAAGACAGACAGACAAGACCACAGUUAUCAUUAUGGUCAGCUAGACAGACAAGGCCAAAGUUCCCACUAUGGUCAGACAGACAGACAAGGCCAGAGUUUCCACUAUGGUCAGCCAGACAGACAAGGCCAGAGUUCCUACUAUGGUCAGAUGGACAGACAAGGCCAGAGUUCCCACUAUGGUCAGACAGACAGACAAGGCCAGAGUUCCCACUACGGUCAGACAGACAGACAAGGCCAGAGCUAUCAUUAUGGUCAGACAGACAGACAAGGCCAGAGUUCCCACUAUAUUCAAUCACAGACUGGGGAUAUACAAGGGCAAAAUAAGUACUUCCAAGGGACUGAAGGAACAAGAAAAGCCUCUCAUGUUGAACAAUCAGGAAGAUCAGGGAGGCUAAGUCAACAGACUCCAGGACAGGAAGGGUACAAAAACCAGGGACAGGGAUUCCAGUCUAGGGACUCACAGCAGAACGGCCACCAGGUAUGGGAGCCUGAAGAGGAUAGCCAACAUCACCAACACAAACUCUUAGCACAAAUCCAACAAGAAAGACCACUUUGUCACAAAGGGAGAGAAUGGCAAUCAUGCAGUAGUGAGCAGGGCCACAGACAGGCCCAGACCAGGCAGAGUCACGGUGAGGGGCUGAGCCACUGGGCAGAGGAAGAGCAGGGCCAUCAAAGUUGGGAUAGACACAGCCAUGAGAGUCAGGAAGGUCCAUGUGGGACACAGGACAGGCGAACCCAUGAAGAUGAGCAGAACCAUCAGAGACAAGACAGACAAACCCAUGAACAUGAGCAGAGCCAUCAGAGACGAGACAGGCAAACCCAUGAAGACAAGCAGAACCGUCAGAGACGAGACAGGCAAACCCAUGAAGACGAGCAGACCCGUCAGAGACGAGACAGGCAAACCCAUGAAGACGAGCAGAACCAUCAGAGACGAGACACAAAAACCCAUGAACAUGAGCAGAGCCAUCAGAGACGAGACAGGCAAACCCAUGAAGACGAGCAGAACCAUCAGAGACGAGACAGAAAAACCCAUGAACAUGAGCAGAGCCAUCAGAGACGAGACAGGCAAACCCAUGAAGACAAGCAGAACCAUCAGAGACGAGACAGGCAAACCCAUGAAGAUGAGCAGACCCAUCAGAGACAAGACAGGCAAACCCAUGAAGACGAGCAGAACCAUCAGAGACGAGACAGGCAAACCCAUGAAGACGAGCAGAACCGUCAGAGACAAGACAGGCAAACCCAUGAAGACGAGCAGACCCAUCAGAGACAAGACAGGCAAACCCAUGAAGACGAGCAGAACUGUCAGAGACGAGACAGGCAAACCCAUGAAGACGAGCAGAACCAUCAGAGACGAGACAGGCAAACCCAUGAAGACGAGCAGAACUGUCAGAGACGAGACAGACAAACCCAUGAAGACGAGCAGAACCGUCAGAGACGAGACACGCAAACCCAUGAAGAUGAGCAGAACCAUCAGAGACGAGAUAGGCAAACCCAUGAAGAGGAUCAAAACCAUCAGCAACAACAUAAUAGACAAAACUAUGAGGAGAAAGAGAGGUAUCAAGGAUCUCAGAAUCAAAAAUCCCAAAUGACCCACAGAAGCUGUCCUAACAGAGAAAAAUUCCACAUGAAAGAGGAUGACCAGAGCCAAGGCUCACAGAAAAGACACACUGAACCAUCCUUCUAUCCAACCCAGAGCAGUGGGAGGCCCCAAAGCAGAGAACAGCGUGGUCACCCUGCCAAGGGAGCUACUGUUCCCAACCCCCUCUAUGACUAUGUGCAAGAGCAGAAAUCCUACCCAUACUAGGCUAUGUGAGCACCAGAGGUAAAGCAACACAAAACCAAAAAAGAAACCUAUAUGUCGAGUUCACCUUUAAUUCUAUUUAAGAGAUUGAGCAUGUAUUUCUUCCCUCUAUCCUCUGCUGUAUCUCCCUGCAAGGAUGUUUUUGAGUACUAGCAUUCACAUAAGGGCUUUUGGUUCUUUGAGCAGCAAUUCUAGGGUUUUCUGAUUCAGUGAAAUCUAGGUGGUAAAUUGGGUGAAAUAAUCAUAUCUUAAUGUUGAUCAGUUUGGGUAUUUAAUAAAUCAUUUCCUGCUUUGCCCUCUGUGUAGAUGAGACCUGGUUGAAUCAUUGAAAGGUAGAACACUUCUCCCUAAAGUUCAGAAACAGAAAAGAUAUUCUGAAGAUUUACAUUACAUUCAAGGAUUAUACUACAUCUCCACUGCUCAAGGAACCCUAGGUUUGGUGAGCUUUGGCUCCUGUGGAUAAAACAUCAGGAAUUUCAAGCCUCAUAGUCUAGACUAGAAUGAAACUCAGUUCAAGGCUGCUACAAGAGCCGAGAACAUAGAGUGCAUCUCUGAUGUUUACUACAUCUCCCAUGCCAGGCUCUUAUUCCACACCAGAGGGACUGUCCAUUAGUGCCUAUCACUAGAGCUGAAUGGACCCAUUCCAAUUCAAUACCUUUCUAGUUUCUGAUUAUAUAAAAUAGAGAGAAAGUAUAUGUCAUAUGUUUGCAAAUUCCAGGGGAUCAAGACUAUUGAUUCAUAGCUCCUAAGACCUGAAAACUCUUCUCAAGAAAAUCUAUGUGCAGAUUAUGAAUUGUAUUAAAAUAUCUAAUAAAUAAUUGAUGAGCAA